CAACCCAGAGACGCUUUCCACGAUUUUAAACUUUUUGCAAUGAAUUCCGGAUGGAAGGAUGUCAUGAGGCUUUGGCCGAAGCUUCGACGCUCAGCCCCCCUUGAUGCAGAAGAAGAAGCGGAAGAAGAAGCAGCAGUUCAGGACUCCCUCGUGCAGCGUCUCAGGUGGAAGAAGAAGAAGAACGGUUUAUCUUUAUUCGACUCAGGGACCGGUAACUGGACCACCGCAUGCCCAUGACGUCAGUCAGCCCGAACAUGCAGCAGAACGCUCCAAGUAAUACCCCCAAGAAUAUGCCCCUUCCACAUCCCGGCCUAACGUUCUAUCACGAUUUCCCAAACAAAGAACAAGGCACAAAGAAAGACAACGACUCCAUUUGGAACCAUUCUUCAUGGGCCGUACUAGGCAGCGCUGUCAUUCUAUUAAGCAUCAUCAUCGUAGGCGGCGUCCUAGUUGUUCCACGAGCGCGGUCGCACGCCUUCCGGGAGUCCUCCAGCAAACUUUGCUUCGCCGAAGACUGCUUGGCGAUGGCAAGUGUCCUUCUCACGUCCAUGAACAAAAGCAUUGACCCCUGCAACAACUUCUACCAGUUCGUAUGCGGAAAGUGGAAGACUAUCGCGCCUGAAGGUUCCCACGACGUCUUGGACAGUAUCCGCCUUCAUGCCAUCCAUAAAUCUCAAGACCUCUUCAAGAAACUUGAGGUGGUUGACUACGCUGACAGCGCCAUCGAGAAAGUCGUCGCGUUCUACGAAUCGUGCAUAGCCAUGCUCAAGGGUGACGUCAACGCCAUCGAAGACUUGAAGGAGUUUCUUUCAGCAAGACGUCUUCCUUGGCCUCGUGAGUCCCCCAAGGGAACGGAUCCCCUGGAAGUUCUAGUGGACCUUUCUGUGAACUGGAUGAUCGGGGUAUGGUUCAACGUACGUUACGAGAGAGGGCUGAAGGGUUUCUCAAACACGAUUCAUAUCACGGAAGGGUUUGUCGAUCACGACUGGUUGUCGUUUCUGAAAGACAUUCGAGUGGACACCGUCAACAGUUACGUCUCAUACGUAAAGGAAUAUUAUAGCGUCAUAUCCGGCCAGAGCUCUGACGCGCUUCCGCUGCACAAUAUCAGUGAACAGAGCACCGUUGAAAUGGAAGUUGCAGAAACCGUCGUUCGUAGCCUCGGUUCCCCUCAGCCAGGAACAAAUUGGUACCGCGUGGAACUUGGAAAAGUUGAGAAGGUCACGCCAAAGGUAUCUGUCAGUAAAUGGCUCCACGUUAUGAAGAAAAUGUCGUCGUACGGAACCAACUUCACCACGAAGGACCGAGUUCACGUAUCCAACUUGCGCCUGACGCUAGCCGUGGGAACGAUCCUCACCCGUUACACUAAUGCGCUAUUGCUCAACGUUCUGGGCUGGACAGUGUUGCAGUACAUGAGCUGGAUGGGACAUUCAAGCUUCGCGUACCUGCGUUUCGGCAACCAAACCAACAUCGAACGGAGUGGGUCAACUCUGUGCUUCAAGCUUACAGAAAACUUAUACGGCUUAGCUGCAAUAUCUACUUUAUAUGCCACGUAUUUCCCCCUGACCACGAGACAACGCGUGGACACCCUCCUCAAUGAGGUCUCCACGGCCAACAUCGAACUGCUUCAGAGUAUAUCCUGGUUGAGCUACCUCCACAAACCCAUGGCUAUUUUCAAGUUUUCUAGGACGAAGCGUCUUCUCUGGCCACCACAAAAUGUCAGCGUCUUACAACUUGACAAACUUUACGACGGCUUCCCGAAUAAGUCAUCGACUUUCCUGGAACAUUUUGUGGGCGCAAAUAUCGCUUUCCGAGAAGCCUGGGUUCAGAUGCCCCACAGGGCCUACCAAUACCACCCAUUUCAAUGGAAUCCAGACUACGAUGCCCUCCACGGACAGUUUGUUCUGCCGCUAUGGGCUCUGUUUCCACCCGUCUUCAGCGUCGAUUUAAUUCAAGGCCUUAACUACGGUGGGAUGGGAACUUUAUUCGCGGCGCUUGCGGCCCGCAGUCUGGACGUCCUGCAAAUCGACGCAAAGUCUUGGACGACGCGAGCGCAAUGCUACGAAAGUAGCAGUCGCACUUACGACACGGUGCCUCAGGGGAAAAGCCUCGGCAGCAGCGUUCUUUGGAAGUCCAUUGGAGUGGCGGCGGCGUGGAAAGCGUUCAGGACACGGCCGACGGACCAUAGGUUGCUGUUCAAGCUCGAAGAGUUCGGGGACAAGAAGUUGUUCUUUCUCAGCGCAUGUUUUCAGUUAUGCACCUCGUAUAUGGAUCGAGGCAAGGAGGCCGAGUGCAACGUGGCCUUGAAAAACUUUGCACCCUUUACGCAGACAUAUAACUGUCCAGUUGGUUCUAAGAUGAAUCCCAUAAAUAAGUGCGAUUUUUGGUGAUGGAAUGCACAUAAUGUGCAUAUAGUAAAUACACUGACUCCUCCCUUGA